AUGCCACAUUUUGUCGAUCAGCGCCAUAUUGAUUACGACGUUGGUGAACGUAAUGGACUUCCGGUGCAUGUGGGUCACGGAUCGUUUGGAGACGUAUUCCGGAUCCGGUUUACCGAUGGACGGUGUUCGGACACGAAAAUAUGCAUAAAGGAAUUUACAGAGAAGUACGGAACCAAAACAGAUUCAAUCGAAGAGGCAAGGAAACUGCUAUAUCUGUCCGAUACAGGUUAUGUGCCGGUUUGUUUUGGACUUGUGGAAUUUAAAAACAAUGUUAGAAAUGAAAACAGUUUCGGGAUUAUUCAGGAAUUCAUCGGCGAAGGACAGACUCUUCAUAGAUUCCUCCGUCAAAGCAUUGACAAGGUAAGCAAAGCUGAUUGGAUCAGUAUAGCGUUUCAACUGGCGCAUGGACUAGACAAGUUUCACGACAAAUGCAUACUGGUCAACGAUAUCAAGGCGAACAAUAUUGUCAUGUACACAAGGAAACAAGGCUACAGACUCAAAUACAUAGACUUUGGCCUGGCCUCCUACCGCACUGGGCGCAAUUUUCAUCCCCCGUCAGAAAAGUUGGCGCGUUUGCGCCAUUUGGCACCGGAAGUUCGAAAAGGUUGUCGGACAAGCGAAGCGACUGACAUAUACAGUCUCGGGUGCUUAAUGCGCCAGAUUAACGUCUAUGGAAAUAUCAAAGACCUGUUGCUCAUCAGUCACAUGUGUACUCGUGAUGCGCCAAAAAUGAGGCUCUCGGCGCACGCUACCAAGCUUCUGAUUGAAAAUAUUGUAGACGAGUAG